AGUGAAACUAAGUUGAUCAGCAACAAUAUGGACGUCUGAAUCGAUCAACCUCCUCAAACAAAAGAAUAAGCUAUUUAUUGAGCCGUUCAAAGACCGCUGUGGACGCAUUUGAUACUUACAAUCAUGUCAGCCUCCAUCGAUCGACUGACUAAUGAGCUUCAGUGCUGUAUAUGUCUGGAUGUGUUCAUUGAUCCAGUCAGCACUCCAUGCGGACACAACUUCUGCAAGACCUGUCUCAAUAAACACUGGGACAACAGCCAGACCUGCUGCUGUCCGUACUGUAAAGAGACAUUCAAGCUAAGACCCGAUCUCAAGAUUAAUACCACACUCCGAGAGCUUGUAGAUCACUAUAAAAAGAAAUGUCCUGAAAAAAUAAGUGUCACUUUCAGUGGAGUUCUGUGUGACUAUUGUGAGGAGAGAAAGCUGCAAGCCCUGAAGUCAUGUCUGGUGUGUCAGGUGUCUUACUGUGAAAGUCACCUGGAGCCUCAUUUGAGAGUGGCAGUUUUAAAGAAACACAAAUUGAUAAAGCCCGUGAGUAAUCUGGAGGACUAUAUAUGUCAGAAACAUGAGAGACCUCUGGAUAUGUUCUGUAGAGAUGAUCAGAUGUGUGUGUGUCUGAUGUGCUCUGAAGGAGUUCACAAGAACCACAGGACUGUUCCUCUAGAGGCGGAGAGUGAAAUAAAAAAGACUCAACUGAUGAAGAUGCAGAAUGACGUGCAGAUAAUGAUUAAACACAGAAUCAACAAAAUUCAAGACAUCAAACACUCGUCAGAAGUCAGAAGAAGGAACACAGAGAAGGAGAAAGCAGCCAGUGUCAAACUCUUCACUGAUCUCAUCCGCUCCAUUGAGAGAUGUCAGGCUGAACUUCUGGAGAUGAUGGAGGAGCAGCAGAAAGCAGCAGAGAAACAGGAGCAAGAGUUCAUUAAAGAUCUGGAGCAGGAGAUCACCGCGUUAAAGACGAGAAACACUGAGCUAGAGCAGCUCUCACACACUGAAGAUCACCUCCACCUCCUAAAGAUUUACUCAUCCCUGCACAGAUCUACAAACACCAUCAAAUGGUCUGAGAUCAGCGUGAAGACUCUGAAGAUCAGAUUGAAGAAUCAGGAGCCUCUAAGCAGAGCUUUGACUCAACUUAAAGAAAACCUAAACAAGAAACUCAGUCACUCAGCAACUGAGCUGAAGUGGAUGCAGCAGUAUGCAGUGGAUGUGACUCUGGAUCCUGAUACAGCUUAUCCGAACCUCGUCCUGUCUGCCGAUGGAAAACAAGUGAGAGAUGGAGACAUUUGGCAGAAACUCCCAGACAACCCAAAGAGAUUUAGUAGAUGUGUUAAUAUCUUGGGAAAAGAGGGGUUCUCCUCGGGGAGGUUUUAUUUUGAGGUGCAGGUAAAGGGUAAGACAGAAUGGGAUUUAGGAGUGGCUCAAGAAUCCAUUAACAGGAAAGGAGUGAUCCCACUGUGUCCUAAAAAUGGAUACUGGACUGUCUGGCUGAGGAAUGGGAAUGAAUAUAGAGGAUGUAAUAACAGCCACGUUUCUCUGUCUCUGAAAGUGAAGCCGCAGCGGGUCGGUGUGUUUGUGGAUUAUGAGGAAGGUCUGGUGUCUUUUUAUGAUGUGGAGUCCAGCUCUCUUAUCUACUCUUUCACUGGUCAGUCUUUCACUGGGAAGCUCUAUCCAUUUUUUAGCCCCUCCUUAAACUACAAAGGUAAUAACUCAGGCCCGCUCAUCAUCACACCCGUCGAUUAAAAUAAAUAAUUAUACCCCCAUAUGAAAUGGAGACAAUACACGACAACAAUAACUUUUAAUAUACAAAUUUAAAUCCAUUAGUAAUGUAUGUUCUGCUACUCAGAUCAUAUUUAUUUUCUCAAAUAUAUAUUUAUGUAUUAAUGCCAUAUUUGCCAAAAUGCAAUGCUGUCAUGUUCAUGGUUUUGGUUUAGCUCUUAGGGUCUGUUUCUGUCUUUGUGCGAUUUAUAUUACAACCAAGCUUGCUAUUUUUUUAUGUAUAUCAAAUGAUUAUAGCACUGAUUCAACACGGUAUAUGGCACUUCAAGGUAUAAAUGUUAAAACGUUAUUUUAACAUGAUAGCAUGUCACAUGUUAAAAAUGAAUGCAAAGUGUAUUCAUAAUACAAAUAAAAUCGAAUAAAUUGGAAGUUAGUUAAGCAUAACACAAAUCAUUUCAUUAAAAUUCCCUUUCUCUUUUUUAAUGUAGCUAUAUAUUAUCCCAUAAUUUAAUCAACCUCAAGCCAUCUUAGGUGUGUUUUAAGUAUGUUAAUUAUGUUUUUAUUAACCUCUCUCAGUUUCGACUGUUUUAAAGACGUCUUUUCCUCACCCUCAUUUCAUUCUGAACAUGCUUGACCUUCUUUUCUGGAGCACAAAAGUUUUUACAGUUUUAUCUAUUGAUCUACUUUAAUGUAUCUGCAAGUAUUUAUAUAUUUGUUGCUGUUGUGUUUAAGACAUUAAAGAUCCUUUACUCAGA